AUGGCGGAGCGGGAGAUGAGGACGGUGGUGGAGUCGGUGCGGACGAUGCUGCUGCACAUGGGCGUCCAGCACCACUGGUGGCACCUCGCUUUGCGGCAGGCUGUCUGGGUCCGCAACUGCCUGGAGAGGUCGGCGACGCCGGGGACGACACCGUACCAGUUGCUCACCGGGAAGAAGCCCGACUUGUCGCUGGCGCGCGUGUGGGGCUGCAUGGCGCAGUUCCUCGUCCCCGAGCAGCAGCGUGGUGGGAAGCUGAAGCCGAAGGCCAAGUGGAGCCUUCACCUCGGCGUGUCGGAGGCGAGCAAGGGCUGGGAGCUCCUCGACAUCGCUGACAACCGGGUGGUCACCACGUCGGACGUGGUGUUCUACGAGGACAUGUCGCUGGAGGUGUGGAAGUCGGAGCACGGGCCGGUGUCAGGACGGACACCGACCACCCCGCCAACCGACACCUCGCAGGCAAUGCUGCCUCUGCUCGCGGAGGUCGGUGAGCUCGCUGCUGGGGACAUCGAGGUCGACCAUCCUCCUUCCCCUCCUCCCACGACCCAUGUUUCUCCCCUCGUGGCCGACCUGCGUGGACUGACUCCGGUGUCGGCCUCCGGCGAUGAGGGGAGUAGUGGGACGUCGCCUGCGGCCAAGAGCAUCGCCGGUGGCCGACUUGAUGGGCAGCAAGUCGACGUGGGAGUGAAGUCGACGUGGAUAAGGGAGGAGCAGGUCGAGGAGGUGCAGCCGACUUGGGUGAAGCCGACAGGGGAGCAGGCAGCAACAAGGCCGACCAAGGAGCAGUCGGCGACCUGGCAGUCGGCAGGGGAGGAAUCGGUCGGGACGCCGACCGAGGUGCAGCAGGACGACGAGGACGAUGAAGGGGAGCAGUUGGGCGACGAGGAGUCCACCGACAGUGACGUGGGAGAGGCCCAGGCUGGACCACGGCGUACAGGCCGCCUUCGGAGGCCUCCCGACUUCUUCGUCCCGGCUGCCUUCACCACGGUGUAUGACGUGGUCGACGAGGACGACGACCUGCUGUACGACGACGCCGAUGAGGAUGAAGACCUGCUGGAGCUCGACCCCGACAUGCACGCCGACCCCGAGCAUCGUUGGGAUAUCUCCACGAUGACGGUGAAGGAGGCGCUGGCUAGCUGGAAGGGUCCGGCGGUGAAGGCCGCCAUGGAGGAGGAGAUCCGCAGCCUCAUCGGCAUGGGGACGUGGGAGCUGGUCGAACGCCCACCCGGGGUCAACAUCAUGAAGAACCGGUGGGUGUUGACGACGAAGUACCGCAUCAACGACACCGUCGAGCGUGAGAAGGCGAGGCUGGUCGUGAAGGGCUUCACGCAGGUGUAUGGCGCCGACUACGACGAGACGUACGCGCCGGUGAGCAGCUACGUCACGCUGCGGAUUUUCCUCAGUAUCGUUGCCGUGCUCAACCUCAACCUAAUGCAGCUCGACAUGAAGAACGCCUUCCUGCAGAGCAAGCUCGACUGGGUGCUGUACAUGUCGCAGCCGGACUACUUCAACGACGGAACCGGCCGGGUGUGCAAGCUGCUAAAGAGCCUGUACGGGCUGAAGCAGUCGCCGCUGCUAUGGUACAAGGCUCUCAACGACGUGCUGGUCGGCGCCGGUUGGAAGAAGAGACCGGUCGACGAGGCCCUCUACUUCAAGGUCGGCGACGACAAGGUGACCUGCUGGGUGUUGGUCUACGUCGACGACUUGCUCGCCGCCAGCAGCAGCCCCGAGAUGCUGAAGGAGCUGAAGGAGCUGCUGGAUGCCGCCUUCGAGCUGCGCGAAAUCUCGCCGGUGCAGAAGUACCUCGGGCUGGAGAUCGUGCGCGACAGGUCGGCGGGGAAGCUGUGGCUGCACCAGCAGGGCUACGCCGACAGGGCGGAGCGACAGGAGGAGGAGUAUCGGCAGAAGGUCGGCUCGCUGCAGUUCGCGGCGACGACGACGAGGCCGGACAUCGCCUUUGCCUGCAGCAAGCUGGGGAGCGGCCUCACGGUGAGGAGCGACCAGCACUGGCGCGAGGUCGACCGCUGCCUUGCCUACCUCGCCAACACGCGUGACACUGCCCUGGAGUUCGGCGGUGGACCUGAGUCGUUGGAGCUGGUCGGCUACGUGGACGCCGACGAUGCCGGCGACAAGCAGAACAGGACGAGCACGGGCGGCUACGUGUUCGUCUACGGAGGAGCCGCAGUCUCCUGGUCGAUCCAGCUCAUCAAAUGCGCGACGCUGUCGUCGACCGAGUCGGAGUACGUGGCGGCCGUCGAAGCUGGCAAGGAGGGACGCCGACUUCGCUUCCUCCUGGCAGAGUUCCAGCAGCUAGAUGCUGGGAGGCCGACGGUCCUAAGGGUGGACAACAAGUCGGCCAUCACAGUCGCCGAGGGCAUGGGGUUGACGGGCAACCUCAAGCACAUGGAGCGGCGACAGGCCUGGCUGCAGCACAUGGUGAAGCGGGGGAAGUUUGCGCUGCAGUACAUCCCGACCGCUGAGCAGCCGGCCGACUUCUUGACGAAGGCGCUGCACUAUCCGGCCUUCAACCGGUGCUCCGUUGCAAUCGGCCAAGUGCGUCUGGCCGACGUGGGCGACGGCGACGACGACGUGCAGCAGUAG